UAACAUUGGGUCGUCGUCGUGUUCUCCGGUCCUGUCCUGUCCUGUCGAGUGAGCUGCUACGAGCGAGGUGCUGCACUUUUUCUGGCUUAUUGAUGUAGUGAAGUGAUUGACAAACCCAAGGGGUGGCAGGACCCCAAUUCGAAGAAGGAAAUUGAUUUCGGUGCGUGUGCUGUGAAGUGUUGCGGCGUCGAAAGGAAAACCCAUCACCGAAUUUGCGGUCAAAGCCGAUGAAAGCCGUGUGAAUUGGAGUGCGCUCUGGGGAUGUUUCCUUUCCUAUAAUUUAUUUUUUCCUAGUUCGAAGCCGUUUAACCCGAAGCUAAUUGAAAGGUGACAGUCGCGCGAUUCUGUGGUUUUUGUGGCAUCGGCGAAGUGAGAGAUUAAACGGAGAAGUCGGAAGAAUAUUCUUGUGCGGUUUUAUUUGCGGUUUCGUCCGGGUCAGAAAGUUAAUUUUUGUGCUAACCUGCAAGCAAUGAAAAUUCCGAACGUGCGCAAGGGCGUGAUUCGUUUGUGAAGCCUGUCUAAGCCAUGCCAAUUUAGGUCCCAUCACGGUCCUUCGUUCUGGAGAAAGGAUUCCGUUAGCGGAAAGCUUGGCUGUGCUGUGCAUAUUUAGGAAGGAGGACGAAAAGGAGGCAGGCCAACCGAGGGAGGCUCCUGCCCUCAUUCAGCGGCCGUUUCGAACGGCACAACAAAAAGCGUACCAAGCAAACACAGAUCACCCUACAAAAAUGACUCUCAUCCUAUCGUGGCUCUUCAUUCUGGCGCUGAUCGUGCCGGAUCUAUCAUCGAGUUUACUGCACUGCCCCCACCGGUGCCACUGUGACGAUGAGAAGCUGGACGUCAACUGUGAAGAAGGCCACCUGGACGUGGUUCCCAUUGCGCUGAAUCCGUCCAUCCAGCGGCUGGUAAUCCGAAACAACAAAAUCCGCAUAAUCGACUCGUCGGUCCAGUUCUACUCGGAAUUAACCCUGCUGGACCUGAGCUACAAUUAUCUGUUCAACAUUCCCGAUCGAACCUUCGCCCGGCAGAACAAACUGCAGCAGCUGCAUCUGAACCACAACAAGAUCAGCGUGGUGUCGAACAGGACGUUCGUAGGGUUGGGCGAUUUGCUGGUGCUCAAUUUACGGGGAAAUUUGAUCGAUCAGAUUGAAGCGAUGGCUUUUACGCCGCUGGUGAAGCUGGAGGAGCUCAACAUGGGUCAGAACAGAAUCACCACGGUUGGACUGUCAGCGAAAGGGUUCCUAGGCCUGAUGGAUUUGAAGAUUUUGUACCUGGAUGACAAUCGGUUGGAGGUGGUACCAUCGGAGGAAACGUUUGAACCAGUGAAUAAGUUGGCGGAGUUAUACAUUGGAACUAAUUCGCUGAAGGUAUUGCGAGAUGGCGCAUUCGGAGUGCUAUCCGAGUUAACAUUGCUAGAUGUGCGAAGCUCGUUGUUGAGUAAUGUUAGCACGGAGACGUUUACCGGAAUUGAAAACAUCAAAAGUCUUAAUCUUGCGGAUAAUCGAUUCGAAAGGAUUCCAUCCCAAGCAUUGGGGGUGCUAAAAAGGCUAGAGGAGCUAUCGAUUGGACAGAAUUACUUUGAAUCGGUGUCGGCAAACUCAUUUCGAGGAUUAUCGAAUUUGAAGCGAUUUGAGCUGCGAGGUUCUUUGUAUUUGAGGAAAAUCGAGAAAGCGGCCUUCCAUACAAACACAAAUCUGGAGAGCAUUGCAAUCGAUUCGAAUAAAGCGCUACACGAACUGGAGGAGGGAACAUUUGUCGGGUUGCUAUUUCUAAAGCAUUUGAGCCUGCGAAAUAACGGCUUCGAGCGAUUGGAUGAGAACAUGUUUUCCUGGAAUAGUUUGCGCACAUUGGACAUUUCGGAUAAUCCGAUAAAUUGUGAUUGCUACUAUUCCAAGUUGCUGCAUCGGUUGCAAACGUCCAGCAGGAUUAGCUACAACGCAACCGGCUGCCCGCACCAUCUGCCAGACCAGUGGGAGUGCGAGUACAUUUUGGACAAGAACAAGAACCUAAUCUCGGUGCUGGUGCUGGCGGUGGCCAUCGUGACAGCCAUCGCACUCACCUUCUACCGUUUCCGGGGUCUGCUGAGGGAGUACGUGCACAACGGAUGCAAGAACAAGGCACAUGGCGGUACGACCGGCCCGGUCGGUACCAUCCCCAGAGCCGAUAUCAACAGCGUCGACUACGAGAAAGCCAUCACCGAGGAUGAUUACGUGAUCCGGCAGAGCAAUUUGUACAGCAACCAGGUACAGCCGAUUCUCAAUGGCUAUCCGGCGUAUAUGCAGCAGAAUAAUGUCUACUACAACAAGCCGCUCCCGAUUACCGAGUUAUAGUAUUGAAAGCUAGUCGAGUGUGAUGUUAGUUUGUAAAUUAAUUUGCGCUAAUCCCUUUCGCUUUCGGGCUCUCUCUGUCGGAAAUUUGUUCUCGUUAGACGGCAACAUAAAGUGAUUAGAGUUCGGUGAAAUUUUUCACGCUUUUUGCAGUCGGAGCUAGUCUAAGCAGUAUCGAAUACCCCCCAAAAAACCCAGUCACAGCAGAACGAUCCAUGCCAUGUCAUGCAUAACGACUUACGCUUCGGAACGAUGUUAAUAGCUGAAUCGGAUAAGCCCUGUAAUACCACUUUAAAAAUAUUCAAUUAAAGCAAACGAGAGCAGAUAUCGUAUACCUACUGCUGAAAAUGAAACCAUACAUACUCAACCCCCCUGGAACCCGGGUCCCAGCGAGGAGGAGCGAUCCACUGUGGUUCGUACGGAUGAAACUGUGACAUGAAAUUUGAGCACCAAGAGAAUGUAUGAUAAAGACAAUUUAUCAUUUCAAAUUUUCCUAAUAAACAACUAAUUGGCUGUGUUGAUAUUUGUUCCAAGAUUGGAAACUAUUUUUUAAAAAACAAUACUUUAAUGAAAAUUUGUAAAACGUUCAGUUUUUUGUCCAAUCGAACCACAGCCGCGCUGCUGGUGGUGAAAAGAGUAAGUGAAAAACUUUUUCCUGGCAAUGUUCUUGCUGCUGGUGGACCUGCCCCGGUUUGGUUGGUACCCUUUUACCUGUUUGGUAUUCCAUACAAGGGCAACACCGUUUGGCAGUUCCAUAGCUAUUUUCGGCAUCCAAACUCAAUUCACCCAUUCACACGUUCGGGCAAUGCAAUCCCUUCCCACCCGGUUUUUCGGGAAGGAACUUUGAACACGGCCCCAUGCAUGCCGUGCCGGUUGUGGGUUGAUGAUGGGUUCAGUUACAAAUCGGAAGAACCAAGGGCGACUGACUGGCUGGCGGAGUGGGCGCGGCCGGCGGGACAUAACGGGGGAGAGAGUCUGAAAGUGAUAAUAAUUCCAUGGAAAUUAUAGCAAUACCAUUUAAGUUUUAACUGUAAUUGUUGAAGGUUAGUGAAAACAGCUUUUGAAGGUAGGUGGCUGGUGGCUGGCUGAUGGGUUGCACAUAUAUGAGCAGCGGGAUUAUUCUUACCACGGAUAAUCCUGUGGAUGCCACAGGCAUCGCGGGCGGUGCGGCUCAGGCUGGAUGCGGUUAGGUGGUUAUGAACAUAAUGGGAGAUACGUGGAAUGCUUUUGCCAGACUUUUUUUUUGUGCUUGCCAUUGACGCUUUCUAGAGCACGAAGAAGCAUCGUGGUAUGUGGUCAGCUGUUAAAUGUACAGCCACGGGAAAUAUGUAAGUUGAAUAUUCACGGGAAGGUGGAAUGUUUUCGUAGAAUUUCUAAAGGAAGACCAAUUAGGGAUGGCACCGGAAUUUCAAUGCAUGCGUGAAUGAAUUCCAUAUUGACGGCAUUCACAUUGUCCAAACAUAUUCGGAAUUGUAUCUGUUGAUGACGGUUUUUUGUUUUAUUUAGUUGUUGGUUGUUUCUCAAAUUAGAAUGAGCCUAAUCCAGCUGUAAUGAUUAUUAGUUUUAUUUAAAGCUUAAUCAGAUUGAAACGGCAAGAUCUAAUCAGGACCAUCAAAAACACGUAGCUGUUUCAGAAGGUUUGGCGUGAGAUUUCGGUCCUUACCAAUAAAAACCCAGAUUAAUCCACCU